AUGCAGGAACAUAGGACUUGGAGCUGGGCUUUCCUGGGUCUGUUUAUGAUCAGUCUUCAUCUCCCAGCUUUCUCUGCUAGGAGCAUCAGCUGGACUGAUGAAACAACCCUUCAGGACUUGGGAUCUGACCCCCUGCUUUCUGGACACCCCUCCUUGGCAGACCCCUUGGGACCCUCUAUUCCUGAUUAUCCUUGGCUCAAACCAGAUCCUCCAUAUGGUAGCUCAGGGACUACUGUUCCUUUGGGGCUUGAUGACUCACUAUUUGACCACUCUUGGCAGUCUGGAAACUCUGGGCUUCAAGAAUCUCUCCUGGAUGAGAGUGCAGCAGCCCAAGGCCCCCUGGCCUCUGAUCAUACUUGGCAAGUGAUGGCUCACUCAUAUGAUGACUCUCUGCAUGACAGCCCUUCCCAUCAUAGCAAUGCUGUGCCUUCUGUGGCUAGUGGAUCCCAGACAGUAGUUACCCCCUCAGUCUCAAUCAGUUCUUCCCCUGAUAGUCCAUCUCUCCUCAAGGACACUGAGCCUAAGCGGCCUCCCCGUUCUGAUCCUCUGGGACCACAGGGGGAAAUCCCUGCCCAGCGCCCUCCUUGGUCUCUCAUUAACCGAAUUCAUCAGAAGCCUUUGCCUGGUCACCCAUGGGGGACUCAGGACAUCAAUUCUGGGGUGUCUUGGGGGAGUCAGGGCAUUGGGACUGGUUGGGGAGGAAGGCCCCUUAGACUUCCUGAGGGAAGCUGGGGAAUUAGCAAUCAAUACCCAGGUACUAGCUGGGGGGGUAAUAAUAAAUACCCAGGUACUAGCUGGGGAGGUCACAAUCAAUACCUAGGCACCAACUGGGGGAUUAAUACUAGAUACCCAGGUACUAGUUGGGGGAUUAAUAGUUGGUACCCAAGUAUUAGUUGGGGAGGUAACAAUGGAUAUCCAGGUAACAGCUGGGGGAAGUAUAAUCAAUACCCAGGUACCAAUAAUCGUUUUCCAGGAAACACGUGGGGAAUUAAUAAUCAGUACCCUGGAGCCCUCCGCCUUCCCAGCUCUUCUUGGAAUAUCCCUCCAAGAUACCAAAAUCAUCCCUGA